AUGGCGCUGCGGGGCGGAGGGCGCUGGGUGCUGCGGGCCUCGGCACUGCGCGGCGGCGGCGGGCGGCGGGACAGAGGGCGCGUAGCCGACGCGCCGCAACACGGCGCAUUGCGGGCGGCCCUCAGGAAGAUCAUCGACAAGGAGAUUAACCCCUUUGUGGACAAAUGGGAAGAAGAAGGACAGUUCCCAGCACAUAAAGUGUUUAAAACCCUGGGCCAAGCUGGAUUCCUUGGUGUGGAUAAGCCAACAGAAUAUGGUGGAAUGGGCUUGGACUUCUCCUAUAGCAUUGCAGUGGCAGAGGAGCUAGGAAGUAUCCGGUGUGGAGGUAUCCCUAUGGCUAUUGGGGUUCAAGCUAGUAUGGCCACUCCUGCGCUAACAAGAUUUGGUUCUGAUGAGUUGAAAAAACAGUUCCUCACACCAACUAUAUCUGGAGAUCUUGUGGCAUGUUUGGGAAUCAGUGAACCUGGAGCUGGAUCAGAUGUUGCAAGUAUCAAGACAACAGCCGUGAGAAAAGGUGAUGAAUAUGUCAUAAAUGGUGGUAAAAUGUGGACUACAUCUGGGUGCCAAGCAGACUGGAUGUGCCUGCUGGCAAAUACAAGUGAAGGGCAUCCUCAUCGAAAUAAAUCUCUCAUAUGUCUGCCGAUGAAUCUACCUGGCAUUCACGUUACUAAGAAAAUAGACAAACUGGGCAUGAGGUCAUCGGACACAGCUCAGAUCUUUUUUGAAGACGUAAGAGUCCCUAGCAAAAACCUAAUUGGUGAGGAAGGAAUGGGUUUUACAUAUCAGAUGUUGCAAUUCCAAGAAGAGCGGCUGUGGGGAGUAGCCACUGUCUUGACACCACUGGAAACUAUAAUACAAGAAACCAUUGACUACACUCGCCAGCGGAAAGUGUUUGGUCAGUCCGUGCUGCAGAACCAGGCCGUACAUUUCCGCCUGGCAGAGCUGGCAACCGAAGUGGAGCUGCUUCGCUCGCUGCUGUACCGUACCAUUGCUCUCUAUGUGGAAGGCAAUGAUGUGACCAAAUUUGCUUCCAUGGCUAAGCUAAAGGCAGGUCGCCUGGCCCGUGAAGUCACUGACAGCUGCCUCCAGUUUUGGGGAGGAAUGGGAUUCACCAGUGAGGUUCUGGUGAGCAGAUUUUACAGGGAUCUGAGACUGGUGUCAAUAGGUGGUGGUACAGAUGAAACCAUGCUUUCUAUUAUAUGCAAACACAUGGAAACACUUCCAAGGAAAUAACACAUCUGCACUCUUCCUCAGAAACUUAAGCAAGCAAGAGCAUGGUUAUUACUGCAUCCUGAAGGUAACAGACAACAUGAUUCAAGCAUGGAAGAAAUAGGAAUGGUAUUUAUAAAAUAUCAGUAAAUUUUCCAGGAAAACACUUGUCAGAGUGUUUCACCAAUAUCAUGAUGCAUAUUCUCCAAUAUCAAAUUAAUGUUAUUGCCUGCAAGAUUUUUUCCAUUUUUAGUGAUUUACAGCUUUGAGGGCUCUGGUGAUCCCAGCUAAAGAAAUCUUGUCUUCUUCAAUCAAGGUACAGCUGCAUUUUAGCUCAUCUACGCAACCAAAUAAGAAACACAACUUCCACAUGGGUCCAGGAUAAUUUCAGUAGUAACAUAAUCUAAUUUCACUUAACUUCGCUUUCAAGUCACAAAAUUUUUAUUCCAUAUCCACUUGAUAUUCAAGACCCAGCAGUGGUUUUGUUCUCAGUUCCCAUUAUCUUCCAUAUCUCUCACUUUUAGCAAGUAAACAUCAAAAUUAGUUACUUCAGCAAAAGCAAGUCAAAAAUCACAAGCCCCCCAGUCCAGUCACCAUCAUUACCUUCUCACUCUUGUGCUGCACUCUGACACAGAUGUUUGCUGGUAGGACAGGAGGCAGAUUUUUAAUUUUAGAAUACUGCAAACAAUACCUUACUUGUACUUUUUUGGAGUACUUGAAAUUUCUGGAGGCCUGAAUUUCAGCAGUAAGGUUUCACAUUUUAUGUGCAAUUAUGAAUGAAAAAUAUUAAAGUGCAAACGUGAACAUUGUAACCAGUUAAAUGAGACCAUAAAAUGUGCACGCCACAAUCAAGUUGAAACAGAAAUGUACUAAAUAUUAAAGUAAAUAAAACUAAAUAUUUUCAAUA